AUGGAUUUAUCUUGUAACGGAGAAGGGAAGUUUGAACACUCCUUAGACUGUGAACUAAAUAAUAUUCUAAUGGAGAAUUUACAACUUACAUCUGGAGAUUCUAGCAAUGCGAAUUGCAGAAAAGAUUCUGAAGUUAUUGGGGAUAACUUUUCAGCAUCAGAUGACUAUGCCGAUAGCAUCUUCACUCUUUCUCCAAUAAGGCGGCCAAACAUUAAGUUAAAUGACAGCAGAUUCAACAAAGUUAAUGAAAUCAUAAACCAGUUAUCUACCGAUGACCAGACUUUUGAAAACCAGGUAAUACAAAACCUGAAGUCCAUGCAAUAUCGAAAUAGUAUUUUGCGAGAAUUGAAAAAAUUAAAGAUAAAGAAGAUAGAAAUACCAACUUUGACGAUUAAUGAAGAUGUUUCGGAGACAAAUUAUAUCAGAUUAGUGGAGUUUAAUCAAGAAUUGAUGAAAAUUCUUUUCAGAAUCAAUCAAGAAAUUGAUUUGUUCGGUUUCAAAAAAACCCGCUUGGUAGAUAAGCUAAUAACGGAGCUUUUCAAAAAUACAAACAGCUAUAGCUCGAAUACAGUCCUUUCGGGCUCUCUUACUAGUCUACAUGAGAAAAAGCUGGUCCCUAAUAAUACGUAUAAACUCUUUGACGACUGCGAAAAUACAUUCGAUGCUUCAUUUUCAGAUGGCAGAGCGGAACUUAAUUUCGAAGAAGACUAUCAUAAAACGCAUUCUCUUAAUGAUAAAGAGAAUAUCACUCAAGGGAGUGAAACUGAAGCCGGCUCUCCCGUUAAAAAGAACUUGCAGCAGCUUUUCAUGUCAAAACGUCUCGAAAGAGAAAAAAAACUUCAAAAAAUAAGCGAAAACCUAUUCGCAGACGACGCACUCUGA